CGAGAAGCCGCGUUUCCAAUUGGCUCAAGAUCAUGCUUAAUAUUCUGCCACAUCUGGGUAUUGCUAAUGCUAUGGCGUAGGCGUAAGUGUGGUGGUAGCGGCUGCGACUUUUUUUCUUUGGCGGUAUCAGUUCUAAUAUUUCCUUUCCCUACCUUGCUG